ACUCUCCUCAUUUCCCAUUAUCUUUUCUGCCGCAAGACGCGCGCGUUUUUUAUGUAAGCGUAGCAUUAUUUAACAUUAACUUCUCCAAAUUCAAAUUAUCCAAUUUUAGACACUUAAAACUAUUUUAUAAAUAAAUUUAAUAAAAUUUUUCACAUUUUUUCAGGUGUUUUUCGAGUUAUGAGAACGGAUGAAGAUCAGAAAUAUUUAAUGGCUCAAAAUGUCAAUUUUGUUGAGGGGGCUACUUGCUCUAAUUUAUAUAAUCAAAAUCAACAACAAAAUUAUUAUCAACACCAACUUCUCCCACAAACUCUUCGUUUAACCCAAAAUGUUAUGCCUGAUGAAAAAUUGACGGCAGAAAUUGUUCGGGAAUAUUUACGGAAUAAAGAAAACCUCGAUUGUGUUGUUAUGAUUUAUCAUGCUAAAGUUGCACAAAAAUCGUAUGGAGCUGAGAAGAGAUUCUUUUGCCCUCCCCCAAUGGUCUAUUUACGCGGUAAAGGAUGGAAGGUACGCGGUUUAAUUGCUCAAAAUGGCCCUGAUGUAUCUCACAACAUUACUGGUUUAAAUAACAAUCUUGGAUGGUCUAACGAUGAAACUUCAACAAAUAACACAGAUUAUGACUAUGAAGAGCCGAGGGCGUUUAUUGGAAUUGUUGGUGCCAAGGACCAAGAUCGGCAUGCACUUGAAUGGCAAAAGGAUUCCUGCGGCAGGUGUGCCAUAAAAGCAUUACAUAUCAGCGAGAAUGACAAUAAUCGUCGAAAAUAUUUUACUCUGUCUGUUCAUUGUUUUUACAAAUCUGGUCAAUUACUUGGAAAAUUUGAAUCUAAAAGAAUUAAAGUUAUUUCAAAACCUUCAAAAAAGAAAAAUAUUACACUCUCUGCUAACUCUCAUAAUAAUUCAAAACAAUCGGAUAUUAAAAACCAAGGAAUUAAUAUUGCUAGUGGAACUGAGAUUGCCCUCUUCAGUCGUGUUCGUUCUCAAACAACAAAUACUCGCUAUUUAUUUGUAAAAGAUGGGAAAUUUGUUGCACAUUCCAAAUUUUGGGGUUCUUUUACAAUUCAUUUAAUUGAUUUACCUGAAGACGAACAUUUUGACCCUUAUUCUGAUGAUUUUGCAGUGAAGGAUGGAUUUAUUAAUUAUGGUUCUAUUGUUAAAUUAGUGGAUAGUGUGACUGGUCUUGCACUCCCAAUGAUGAAAAUCUGUAAAGUAGAUAAACAAGAUUUGGUAAGUGAGAGAGAAAGUGCAAAUGAACAAGUUAGUCAAUUACACAAAUGUGCCUUUCAAAUGUUGAGUAACGAAAAAUUGUUUAUGUGCUUUACAAAUGAUCAGAUAUUUCAACAGGAUGCUUUGAGUAUUGAAAAAGACGGUCGUGUAGUUUUCAAAGACGGUGCUCAAUGGACUAUUAUAUCAACAGACACAAUGCAUUAUAGAUUUUAUGAGGCAUUAGGUCCUACACCGACAGAGAUUUCUCCUGUUCCAAUAGUCAACUUCCUCGAAAUGCAUGCAAGUGAUACAGUCCCUUCAAUUGCUUAUGUUGAAUUGUUGGGACAGAAUUUCUACCCUAAUCUUCAAGUUUGGAUUGGUUCUACUCCUGUGCAGACAUUUUUAGUCAAUAAAGAAUUAAUACGUUUUGCCCUUCCAUCAUUAUUGGCUUUAAAUAAAGAAGAGGGCGUUGAUUUUGUUAUUGGUGUUAGACAACAAUCUUCCCCUGUAAUAGCUACUCAAGAUUCUCUUUCUUCCCCCUCUUCCACUUCUGCUCAAAAAUUUAAUGGAGGAUGUCAAAAUGAUUUUUUACUUGAAUUUCCUUUACUAUUGGCUCGGGAUGAUGGAGUUAUAUUUGCAACACAACUUUAUGUUACUUAUUCGUCUCCAAAGGAUUUGACAAAUAAUUGUUCUGAUGGAGUCCCUCGAGUUUAA